CGCUCGCAAGGUGAAUCGCCGCGGCGGCAGCCGGGGCAGGGAGCUCGGCUCAGGCGCUGCCGCCCGCGUCCGGAGCGGCUCCUCCAAGGGCCGCGGAGGAGGAUCCCUCGGCCUCCCCCGGCUUCCCUUCACCCGGAGUGUUUGGAUGCUGUAUGGAGUAAAUGAGCGGUGGGAGAGAGAGAGCACAGAGGCUGAGGGGCGCUCGGAGAUCGGGACCAGGGGAGACAGGCGAGCGGCUGGCUUCCCCCUGCGGGGCUGAACAUGGAUUCCCGAGCUCUCGGGGGCUUCACUUUGCUGCUCUUCAGUUUAUGGCACCUGGGAUUAACUGCAACAAAUUAUAAUUGUGAUGAUGCGUUGAUAUCUCCUGUACCUUCAACAGCCCUUACCAGUUCCUCUGAGCUCUCCAGUACCCACAGUCCCAGCUUUGCAAAGCUCAACAGGCGAGAUGGAGCUGGUGGCUGGUCCCCUCUGGAGUCAAAUGAGCAGCAGUGGUUGCAGGUUGAUCUUGGGGACAGAGUGGAGAUUGUCACGGUCGCUACGCAGGGCCGGUACGGGAGCUCAGACUGGGUAACCAGUUACACGCUGAUGUUCAGCGACACCGGACGCAACUGGAAACAGUACAGACAAGAUGACAUCAUCUGGGUUUUCACAGGGAACAGCAACGCUGACAGUGUGGUUCACCACAAGCUGCUGCACUCCAUGAAAGCUCGCUUCCUGCGCUUCGUCCCUCUGAAGUGGAAUGUUGGUGGGCAGAUAGGGCUGAGAGUUGAGGCAUUCGGCUGCUCCUAUAAGUCAGAUAUUGCAGACUUCGAUGGCAGAAGUUCACUUCUCUACAGGUUCAAUCAGAAGCUUAUGAGCACAUUCAAAGAUGUGGUUUCCUUGAAGUUCAAGAGCAUGCAGGGGGAUGGAGUCUUAUUCCAUGGAGAAGGACAGCGUGGAGACUACAUUACCUUGGAACUUCAGAAAGGGAAGCUCUCCUUGCACAUCAACCUGGGGGACUCCAACCUGCACUUCAGUAACAGCCACACAUCUGUCACCCUGGGCAGCCUCCUGGAUGACCAGCACUGGCACUCGGUUCUCAUAGAACGCUUCAACAAACAAGUGAACUUCACAGUGGACAAGCACACCCAACAUUUCCGAACGAAGGGGGAUUCAGAUCACUUGGAUAUUGAUUAUGAGCUCAGUUUUGGAGGUAUUCCUGUACCGGGGAAACCAGGAACCUUUCAGAGGAAAAAUUUCCACGGGUGCAUUGAGAACCUUUAUUACAAUGGAGUCAAUAUAAUUGACCUGGCAAAAAGGCGCAAACCUCAGAUCUAUACUGUGGGGAACGUGACUUUUUCUUGCUCAGAACCACAAAUUGUUCCCAUCACCUUUGUGAGCACCAGUCGAAGCUACUUGCUACUACCCGGCACUCCUCAAAUUGAUGGUUUGUCAGUCAGCUUCCAGUUUCGAACAUGGAAUAAAGAUGGCUUACUUCUGUUCACCGAAUUGUCUGAAAAUUCAGGACCUCUCUUGGUUUACCUCCACAGUGGGAGAUUGAUAUUACUUAUUCAAAAAGAGACUGAGAACCCAGUGGAAAUCAGUGAAGGCACCAAUCUCCACGAUGGGCUUUGGCAUUCUGUUAACAUCAAUGCCAGAAGACAUCGCAUUACCCUGACACUGGAUAACAACGCUGCCACUGCCAGCCAUGCAACCACUGUCUCAAGGAUCUACUCUGGGAACAGCUACUAUUUUGGAGGGUGCCCUGACAAUUUCACUGAUUCCCAGUGUUUAAAUCCCAUUACUGCUUUUCAAGGCUGUAUGAGGCUCAUCUUUAUUGAUAACCAGCCCAAGGACCUCAUUUUAGUUCAGCAAGGCUCCCUGGGGAAUUUUAGUGAUUUACACAUUGAUCUGUGUGGCAUCAAAGACAGAUGUUUACCCAACUACUGUGAACAUGGAGGUAAAUGCUCUCAGUCCUGGACCACCUUUUACUGCGAUUGUAAUGAUACGGGCUACACGGGAGCAACCUGUCACAACUCUAUCUAUGAACAUUCUUGCGAGGCUUACCGACACCAAGGGAAGACAUCAGGUUUCUUCUACAUCGAUUCUGAUGGAAGUGGACCACUUGGACCACUCCGUGUUUUUUGCAAUAUCACAGAAGAUAAGAUCUGGACUGCAGUGCAGCACAACAGCACAGGGCUAACCAGAGUCCAAGGAGCUGACCGGGAGAAGCCGUACACCAUGUCCUUCAGCUACAACAGCAGCGCGGAGCAGCUGGAAGCCGUGAUAAGCAGUGCAGAGAACUGCGAGCAGGAGGCAGCCUACCACUGCAAAAAGUCACGUCUCCUGAAUACCCCGAAUGGAAUGCCAUUUGCUUGGUGGGUUGGCCGUGCCAAUGAAAAGCAUCUUUACUGGGGAGGAUCUCUUCCGGGCAUUCAACAAUGUGCAUGUGGACUGGAAGAAAGUUGUCUGGAUAUGAGAUAUUUUUGCAACUGUGACGCAGAUAGAGAAGAAUGGACAAAUGAUACCGGCCUCCUUACUUUCAAAGACCAUUUGCCUGUAACUCAGAUAGUGAUCACUGACACAAACAGAUCAAAUUCUGAGGCUGCUUGGAAAAUCGGCCCUUUGCGUUGCUAUGGAGACAGACAGUUCUGGAACGCUGCUUCCUUCAACACGGAGGCCUCCUAUCUGCACUUCCCCACAUUCCAUGCCGAGUUCAGUGCAGACAUCUCCUUCUUCUUCAAAACUACUGCCGUCUCUGGGGUAUUCUUGGAAAACCUUGGGAUUAAAGAUUUCAUACGAAUUGAAAUAAGCUCCCCCAAAGAGAUCACCUUCUCCAUAGACGUCGGGAAUGGCCCCACAGAAGCCACUGUGCAGUCUCCCAGCCCCCUGAAUGACAACCAGUGGCACUACAUCCGAGCAGAGAGGAACCUCAAGGAAACCUCUCUCCAGGUGGACAGCCUCCCCAAGAAGGUCCUGGAGGCACCUACUGAGGGGCACUUUCGCUUGCAGCUCAACAGCCAGUUAUUUGUAGGAGGAACAGCUUCCAGACAGAAGGGCUUUUUGGGAUGCAUUCGAUCUCUGCAUUUAAAUGGACAGAAACUUGACCUUGAAGAGAGAGCUAAAAUGACACCUGGUGUUAAACCUGGAUGUCCAGGGCAUUGCAGCAGUUAUGGUAACCUGUGCCAUAACGGAGGUAAAUGUGUGGAGAAGUAUACUGGUUACUUCUGUGAUUGUACCAACUCAGCCUAUGAAGGACCUUUCUGCAAGGAAGAGGUUUCUGCAUUAUUUGAAGCCGGCACUUCUGUUACCUAUAUUUUCCAAGAACCUUAUCCUGUCACGAAAAAUGCAAGCACCUCAAGCUCUGCCAUUUAUGCGGAUGCUGUCAUGUCCAAGGAGAAUAUUGCAUUUAGCUUUCUCACAGCACAUACCCCAAGCCUUCUACUGUACAUCAACACCUAUUUUCAUGAAUAUUUGGCCGUGAUUCUCUCCAAGAAUGGAAGUUUACAGGUUCGAUACAAGCUGAGUAAAGACGGGCUUCUCAUUUUCACCAUUGACUCCGGAAAUUUUGCCAACCGAGAGCUGCACCACGUGAAGAUUAACAGAGAAGGCAGAGAGCUCAUCAUUCAGGUUGAUCAAGUUCUCAAACUCAAACACAACUUUUCUGAGAUUGAUUUUAAGGCCAUUAAAUCACUCACCUUGGGCAAGGUCACAGAUAGUUUGUCACUGGACCCUGAAGUCUCAAAGGCAAAUGCCUAUGGUUUCACUGGCUGCUUGUCCUCUGUUCAGUACAACCACAUUGCUCCCCUGAAAGCUGCCUUACGCCAUCCCAGCAUUGCUCCUGUGACUGUCAAAGGUUCCUUGACUGAAUCCAGCUGUGCAUCCAUAAUGGAUGCUGAUGUGAACACAGCAACAACAAUAUAUUCUUCAUCAGAUCCUUUCGGGAAGACAGAUGAAAGAGAACCUCUCACCAAUGCAGUCAGAAGUGAUUCAGCUGUGAUUGGAGGUGUAAUAGCAGUUGUGAUAUUCAUCAUCUUUUGCAUCAUUGCCAUCAUGAGCAGAUUCCUCUAUCAGCACAAACAAGCACAUCGAAGUAGCCAGAAAAAGGAGAAGGAGUACCCAGAAAACCUCGAGAGCAACUUUAAAGCUGACAUUGACUUGCAGAACACAGUGAGCGAGUGCAAACGGGAAUAUUUUAUCUGAUGGACAAUGCAAUUUAUUCUUGCUCUUACUUCCCUAACCUUCCUUUAUUUAUUCCUUUAUUCCUUUCUUCCUUCCUUAUUUUUUUUUUGGAAAAUUUUUUUAAACGUUCAUUUUUUGCUAUUCCAUUUGGAAAAGACCGCCCUGCACAGGAAACACUGAGAACAAUCACAGUGCCUCAUUCUUUGCACAAGAACCUGGCAAUCACAGUUUACUUCUUCAGCUCAAGAGACCUGUUAUCCCACCCUACACAAAAUAAGAUCCACAUG